CUCAUUCUCAAAGAUGUCAUACUCAUACUACAAUCAUUCGGACGGCCGCAGCACUGGCUAUCGAACUGGGGGUCCUCGCGGACCGCUCAGCCCAUAUAGGACACGUGCUAAUGUGGUAAGCCUCCCACCAGACCGCAGCCUUAUGGACGGCUUGCACGGAGAGGCCAUACGGACUCUGUCCAAGCCGCAAGUCGACCCGAGCACAGAAAUAGCUGUCAGACCCGAGAACGUGAAGUACAUCGGCUCAUAUAACUGGGUCGAGGAGGCCUCACCUACGAUCAUCGUCCCUGGGUCUCCGGCUGAAUGGCGCGACCGACCUUUCCCCUACCGAGUCCCGUUCGACACUGAUUUCCGGUUUGUCGACCAGAACGGCUACCGCAUGGGCCAGGCGUCCUGUCUGCUCCCGCUCUUCCGCGCUGUGGACGUUGUCGCCGAAGAGAAUGCGGACACAUCCCUCGAUUGGAGCUCGAUUGACAUCAUCACCGACAGAAACGGCCUUCGCAAGCUCAUGCGAUGGCUGCAGUACUCGGAAGGGGCGGUAGGAGCUGGUCUGAAGGAGUUCCGUAUUGAUCUCCAGCUGGCAGGCCGGAAAACGGUGUUGAUGAGCAGAUGGGAGAAGCGCACUAGAGAGAACGCGGAUCCCCCCAGGUCGGGUUGUGGGUCUAACUUCGAGAAGGAGAGCACGAGGCCGGCGACGGGGUGCGAGAGGAGCACUGGCCACCAUCGCAUCGUGCAAUACGACAUGGGUGGACUGAAAAUGAUAGUCCGCUGUGAAGUUGAUGCAUGCAUCCCCGAGCCGUCCUCUGUCGGGACAAGGACCAGAGCAACGUUCCCGCAAAGCAACCCACGGGCUACGUCGUCAAACGUAGACGACCUCACCGAUAUGCUCUCCAGUCUGAAUGUCACCAGGAGCACCUCUACUUCCGCCACAUCCACAAUCACGAAGAGCACUGACAUCACUGUGAUUCAUGCCGGUGUUCAACGACCCCAGUCCUCCAUCGUCGAACUGACGACCCGGUCCGUUCGUACCAUCGACGACUUCGAUUGGACAGAGCAGUAUCCUCAGCUCCUUCUCGCUCACGUCCCCCACGUCUUCCUCGCCGUGCACGAACGCGGUAACUUCGAGCGUAUCAAGAAGCACGAGCUCGGCGCGGCCGAGUUCCGGAACGUGGAGAACAAUGCGAGGCUCCAGCGGGCAUUCCGUCAGCUCGUGGGAGUCCUCCGGACCGUCCAAAACCUGGUGAAGGAGCAUGGAAGGCGCGGGCGGCUCAGCCUCGUGUGUCGCGAUGGGAGAAUGGAGGUCUUCGAACGCACGACUGACCAAGGUGCUAUUCCGGAUAGCGAGCUGGAACGCUUCGGCGUUUGAUAAGUUGUCAUCACGGGAGGUUAGAAAAGGUGGUGAAACGUGCUUCCAUGCAACGAACCAUGGCGUGCUGCUCAUGCGCAGUCAUCAUGGCGGUACCC